CGUUGCCAGGAGACGCCGCCGCCUUCCCAGCUCACCCCGCUGCACCGCCCUCCGGGCUUCCGUCUGCCGACAGCGGGCGUUCCCGCCGCCAUAUUGAGCCCGGGCGGGGGGCGCAGCCCGGCUGGCCGCCAUGGACACAGAUGAUACAGGAAAUCGACUUCGGUUCCAGCUGGAGUUGGAGUUUGUUCAGUGCCUAGCAAAUCCCAAUUAUCUCAACUUUCUUGCACAAAGAGGAUACUUCAAAGACAAAGCUUUUGUAAACUAUCUUAAAUAUUUACUGUAUUGGAAAGAACCUGAAUAUGCAAAAUACUUGAAGUAUCCUCAGUGUUUGCAUAUGUUAGAGCUGCUCCAGUAUGAACACUUUCGCAAAGAACUGGUAAAUGCUCAGUGUGCAAAGUUUAUUGAUGAGCAGCAGAUUCUUCACUGGCAGCACUAUUCACGGAAGAGAAUGCGCCUGCAGCAAGCACUAGCAGAGCAGCAGCAACAAAACAACACCUCUGUAAAAUGAAAAGCACUUGGAAGAGCGAUGAUAAUGUAUACUUCGCAUUAAUCCAAGUAUUUACAAGAAAGGAAUGAAGUCUUUUGUCUUUUGUAGGUUUUGCUGUGUGUAUACACUUAAUGUGUGAUGUCAAGUGACUUUGUCUUUCACCAGCUUGUAACAUGUUUCAGUCUCCUAUUGUAAAAAUCUACUGCCAUUUCUUUUGUAGCAUGGGCAAUCUUGUUAAGAGUAUUACUUACGGUAUUUGUUCCUUUUGAAAACCAAGCCUAAUUUUUGAGGGCACUGACAUUGUUGUAUCAACAAAAAACGUAGUUCAGAAGUUUCUACAGUGCAGGCAUGUUUUGUGGAGAACAAUGAUAUGUCUCCGAGCGUCGUGACUACGAUGUACUGCUCUUUAUGAGCAAAGCUGAAGUGAUUAUGGCUGUUGCACAAAAUUGAAUUUGUAAUUUUCUGCCUGGAAAUGAAGCUGAGCUAUUACUUGUCCAUUCUGUUUACUUGCUUUCUUUGAGGGUGUGGGCAGGGGUGUCUUAAGAAUUCUCUUCACAAUGUAUUUUAGAGACAAAAAAAUGAAGUGUGAAGAGAUAAGGACUACCAGAGUGGAGCAAAGAUGGGUAAUGAGAAACUUUAGUGGAACAGAGCUAUGGCCUGUUUUCUUAGGUUCUGUUACAAAGAAGUUGUAAACACUUGCAAAAUUGGAGAAACAUUUAUCAUGCCUUCUUGUAUAGCUGUUAGGUUGUUGUUUUUUUCUGUAAGAAUGUAGAUCACGGCAGCUGUGAAGGAUUUCAUUUUCAUAUUUUAGAUUGUGUUCAUGCUGUAUUCACAUUGUAUUUCAUAUUCUUGUAGGAGUAGGUGCAGCAGCACAGUGACAGGGAGACUGCUGGCCCUCACCUCAUCAUACUUGGUGCUGAACAGAUCAGCCAUUAAACAUUAUAUUAAAAACUUAUCUUGACAGCUUCAGCAGUUGCAUAAAAUUAGCUUCAGGAAGAAAAAGUAUUUUCUUCUACCGCUCUUCUCCACCUCCCCCUCAUCGACUAUUAAAAGGUCUAACUUAGUCAUUAAGUAUUACUGUUAAGUAAAAGUAGGCUACCACCUUGGUUUGCAUUUUGAGCUUGGUUUCUUUGUAAAGAGACUUGGCAGACUAAAAUUUAUUUCAACGAAGAAAAGAAAACUUUUUUGUUGCAAGACUUUAGUGAAAAGGUUUGAACCUAGAAUUUAAUGACAUUCAUCUUGAUUAGACAAAAGUAAUUUACCAUGACAGUUUGGGGGGG